GAAAACAAACCAAAGCCAAAGCUAUUGGCAAUCCGACCCAAAACAAAAGAAAUAAAUGAAAACCGUGGUGGGGUUGCCUCCCCACAAGCGCUUCUUUACCGUCUUGUAGCUGGACGCCCAUGGUGGAUAAUCAGCGUGGUGCAGGAACAGGUGCCUCCAAGAGCGGAUCCACAUCGCUCUUGAGGUACAGCUUCAGGUGGUGA